AUGCCUUUGAUAUUAGGUGAAGAUGUUAUUGAUCGAGAUGGCCUGGUUAUGAUAAAAAGGGGGAAUGAAGUGCGAUUCCAGUGGGAUGUAAACGUCCCAAAUACACCCUUUGGAAAAAUUGAAGCUGGAGAUCAAUUUGGUACCGAGAAUCUGGAUACGGCUAGGCUCUUCAAAAUCGAUAUAGUUGAAGAAAAAAAUCCAAAUACGGCGUCGGAUAUCCAGUGUGAUGGACGAUUCGAGAUGCAGGAGUAUUUGUUAGAAAUUAUGAACAAAUACAGAAAGUGCUUGGCCAAAUCCAUGAUGGAACUCGGAGAGUUGGAGUAUACGAGAGAAGCAGCGCUGAACGACAUUGUCGAAGGGUUGAUAAGUGCUCAAAUAAUAGAAGAAAGUGAAUCUCCAUGUAACAGUCUGGCAGUGUUAGUGCCAAAGAAAGACAAUCAAUUCCGGAUGGCAGUUGAUUACAGGCAAUUGAACUUAAAAACAAUCAAAGAUCGUUUUCCUAUGCCAGAUAUCGAGGAUUGUCUGAAUCGACUUGUUGGGGGAAGUGUGUUUAUUUCGAUUGACCUGUAUAGUUGUCACUACCAAAUACAAUGGCAAUGGAGAGCCGUGAUUGCACAGCAUUUUCAACGAAGUCUGGACAUUACCGUUUCCGGAGGCUUCCGUUCGGAUUGGUGA